UGUCGGUCUGUGGCAACCGGGGCCAGACGUGUGUCAGGUCGGAAGGACAAGGGCGAGCGUGAGAAAAAGCUGCAGUAGGAAAGUGUCCACUCCGUAGAUUAGUAUUAACAGGAUACAGCGCCUUGAGUUUCGGGGGAACAGAAAGUUACGGCACAAUGAUGACCCAGCUGGAGACCACCGUGCGUUACGACAACGGCUACGAGGAUGAGUACAUGGUGCAGGAGGAGGAGUGGGACCGGGACAUGCUGCUGGACCCGGCCUGGGAGCAGCAGCAGAGGAAAACCUUCACAGCCUGGUGUAACUCCCACCUGAGGAAAGCUGGCGUGCAGAUUGAAAAUAUUGAGGAGGACUUCAGGAAUGGGCUAAAACUCAUGCUGCUCCUGGAGGUUAUCUCAGGGGAAAGGUUACCCAAGCCAGACAGGGGGAAGAUGCGCUUUCAUAAGAUCGCCAAUGUCAACAAAGCGUUGGACUUCAUCACCAGCAAAGGAGUGAAACUGGUUUCCAUAGGUGCUGAAGAGAUCGUGGACGGUAACGUCAAGAUGACCCUUGGAAUGAUCUGGACCAUCAUCCUCCGCUUUGCCAUUCAGGACAUUUCUGUGGAAGAAACAUCUGCCAAGGAGGGCCUUCUUCUGUGGUGUCAGAGAAAGACUGCCCCCUACAGGAACGUCAACGUCCAGAACUUCCAUGUCAGCUGGAAGGAUGGCCUGGCUUUCUGCGCCCUGAUUCACAGACACAGACCCGACCUCCUCGACUACUCUAAGCUCAACAAGGAUGAUCCUCUGGGGAACUUGAACCUGGCUUUCGACAUAGCUGAGAAACACCUGGACAUUCCCAAAAUGCUGGACGCAGAAGAUAUCAUCAACACCCCCAAGCCCGAUGAAAGAGCCAUCAUGACCUAUGUGUCCUGCUUUUACCACGCUUUUGCUGGAGCCGAGCAGGCAGAGACGGCUGCCAACAGGAUCUGUAAGGUGCUCGGUGUAAACCAGGAGAAUGAGAAACUGAUGGAAGAAUACGAGAGGCUGGCCAGCGAGCUGCUGGAGUGGAUUCGCCGCACCACUCCCUGGCUGGAAAACCGGACCCCGGAGAAGACCAUGGCAGAGAUGCAACGGAAGCUGGAAGAUUUCAGGGACUACAGACGCCAGCAUAAGCCCCCGAAGGUGCAGGAGAAGUGCCAGCUGGAAAUUAACUUCAACACCCUGCAGACCAAACUGCGCAUUAGCAAUCGCCCUGCCUUUAUGCCCUCUGAGGGGAAGAUGGUAUCUGACAUAACCAGUGCAUGGCAGGGCCUGGAGCAGGCGGAGAAAGGCUACGAGGAGUGGCUCCUCACAGAGAUCCGGAGGCUGGAGAGACUGGACCACCUGGCAGAAAAGUUUCGCCAAAAGGCCACCAACCACGAGAACUGGGCCAGUGGUAAAGAAGUGAUCCUCUUCCAGAAGGACUAUGAAACAGCCACGCUGAUAGAAAUCAGAGCAUUGCUUCGAAAACAUGAGGCCUUUGAGAGUGACUUGGCAGCACACCAAGACAGAGUGGAGCAGAUUGCUGCCAUUGCACAGGAACUGAAUGAGCUGGACUUCCAUGAUGUGGCUGCAGUGAAUCAGCGCUGCCAGAGCAUCUGUGACUUGUGGGAUAAGCUGGGAACCCUGACGCAGAAGAGGAGAGAGGCGCUGGAGCGCACCGAAAAGCUACUGGAAACUAUUGAUCAGUUGUUCCUGGAGUUUGCCAAGAGGUCAGCCCCUUUCAACAACUGGAUGGAGGGAGCCAUGGAAGACCUUCAGGACAUGUUUAUAGUACAUACUAUAGAGGAAGUCCAGAGCCUAGUUGCAGCUCAUGAACAGUUCAAAGCUACUCUACCCGAGGCAGAUGCAGAGAGACAGGCCAUCUUGGGAAUCCACAAUGAAGUGCAGAAAAUUUCCCAGAGCUACGGAAUCAAGGCCAAUAUUAUGAACCCCUACAGCAGCAUCACUGUUGAAGAGCUCCUCAACAAGUGGGAAAAGGUGAAAAAGCUGGUUCCUCAGAGAGAUGGUGCCCUCCAGGAGGAGAUGGCGCGCCAGCAUGCCCAUGAAAGGCUGAGACGGCAAUUUGCUGCCCAGGCUAAUCUCAUUGGACCCUGGAUACAGGCCAGGAUGGAGGAAAUUGGGCGCUGCUCUUUGGAGAUAGGAGGCACCCUGGAGGACCAGAUGACCCAACUGAAGCAAUGCGAGCAUGUCAUUGUGGCUUACAAACCCAACAUCGACAAGUUGGAGGGAGACCACCAGCUGAUCCAAGAGUCCCUGGUGUUUGAUAACAAACACACCAACUACACUAUGGAGCACAUCCGCGUCGGGUGGGAGCUGCUCCUCACAACUAUCGCCCGAACCAUCAAUGAGAUUGAGACCCAGAUCCUGACCCGGGAUGCCAAGGGCAUCAGCCAGCAGCAAAUGAAUGAGUUCAGAUCCUCUUUCAACCACUUUGACCGGAAGAAGAAUGGAGCUAUGGAAACCGACGACUUCAGAGCCUGCCUCAUCUCCAUGGGGUAUGACUUGGGAGAGGUGGAGUUUGCCCGUAUAAUGAUGCUGGUGGAUCCCAAUGCUACUGGAAUCGUCUCCUUCCAAUCCUUCAUUGACUUUAUGACCAGAGAGACUGCUGAUACAGACACUGCAGAGCAGGUUGUGGCAUCCUUCCGCAUCCUGGCAGCCGACAAGCCUUACAUUCUCGUGGAAGAGCUGAGGAGAGAGCUUCCUCCUGAACAAGCAGAGUAUUGCAUCAUGAGGAUGCCACCUUACUCCGGCCAUGGAGCACCACCAGGGGCACUGGACUACACUGCCUUCUCCACUGCCCUCUAUGGAGAGAGCGACCUUUAACCCAGCUAGAAAACCUUUAAUUUCCUGAUUGUUUACCUAGCUCUCUAUUCUCUCCUCUAUUUACUCUAACUAGGUAUGUCCCUAAUAAAUAUUGCUCCAUAAACCAAUAGAAAAUCUGAGUAUAUCAUGAGCAACAACACAUUGUACAUGUAUGUUGCAGCAUUUCUGCAAAAAGACAAUAUGGGUUGUGGGGUUAAGGUAAACUUGAAAGAGAAAGUCAUACCAAAAUAAAAAAAAUUUGCACAUAAGUUAUUACUCCUAAACAACAAGAUCAUCCUGUUUCAUCAGUUUAUCAAUUGAAGACAUUACGUAUAAAAGCCCUGUUUCAUCUUCGACUGUCAUGAACUGUUUUCAUAUUUCCCCACAGUGGCUUUGUUUUGGGAACACAAUCUUCUGAUAAGGCAUUUUGACAUGCUUUAAUUGAAUUACAGUUUGCAAAAGCAAUUUCAGAGCGACUGCAAUCCAAUAAUAAACAGUGUGGAAAAUGGGUUCCCAAAAGGCUAAAGUAUACAGUUCCAUCAGAGGAAAAAUGGAAAACCACAUGCAUACAGAAGUAAAUGUUUACAAUUGCUCAGUGCUAUAAAAGCCCAGAACACACAAGAAUGAAAGUGCUGCAUUUCGUUUCAAGAUAGUGUUUCCUCAGCAACACAGGAAUGGCUGCGUCUGCCCAGAAAUAAUUACAAGAAACAUCAAAAAUCAAAAUAAAUCUAAAGUGAUUUUCCAGUUUCCUUUAACAUAACAAAAACUGUGGUUAGUAAAGAUCUAGACUAAUUUCUCCAUGUUGCUUCAUAUUAAAGCUGAAAUGUUCCAGGUGUUAUCACAGUAAUGGUAUUACCUGUAGUGAAAUGCUUCUCACAAACCAAACCCAAAGCCCUGCAAACACUAAUGUGCAUUUAAGUGUAUUCAUGGUGAAACUAAUGAAGAGUUAUCCAAAAUCUCCAAUUUAAAAGUAAGAUAAAUUCUCAUUUUGCUGAAAACUUUGGUUUGUUGUACUUUGGGAGGUAAAUAAAGAUACUCAGACAGUAGUGACACUGUCUCUUUUAUGAAUAAAUUCAUUCAGAUAAAGUUUGUACUUGAACUUACUGCAUUGACUAAAUAAACUGAUUGUGACUAAUUCAAACAGGC